AUUCCAAAAUUAAGCUUAUAUCUUAAUUGUCAAAAGCCUCUCAAAUUAAGGUAUUGCCUUAAUUUUUAUCAUGAUAAACGCUGAACAGAUUUCAGAGAGAUAUCGUGGGCACGACCCUGCUUGGAGUGGACGCCAUUAUAAUAAAUAUCUGAGCUUCUUUUACAAAUUUACAUAUUGAAAUCGUUAACUAAUAUGGAUGAGUCUGAAGAACAAACAGAUAAAACAAAGGCGAAUAAUAACGGAAAGGCCAAAGCGCAAACAAGUGCACGUCUUGCUAAGGCUUUGGAAGAAGCCGAAAGCCUAUUUUCAACGAAUACACCCAGCGCCAACAAAAUUCGAAAGAAGCCUCAGAAAAGCCACAUUGAAAUCAGAAGAGACAACAAGGGGAAUAGAAUUUACCACUGUCCAAGAAAAGGUUUUGUACAGUAUUAACUAUACUCUUAUUUAUUUAUAUUUUUUACUUUUCAGCUCCGCCUUUUACAAUUUAUCUUUUUGGUUGGCCAAACUUCAUUGAUUCAAGGUCAAGAAGGAUGAAAGCUGUUGUGGAAAGCACCAGCAUGGCAGAUGAUAUGGAUGACUUACCAUCACCCACAGCAGAGGAACCCUCCAACAAGGAAAUAAAUUAUCAAGAACAACUGGCUAGCAUUCUUGAUGAUUGUGAUGAAAUAUGUAGUGAAAUGUAUGGAGACUGCCAGGAACCAGAACCCAUGUCUCAGUGGCAAAAGAGAACCAAAUCUAGUGAUGCAAACUGGGAAAAUUGGAGAGAUAACCUGUUCUCAUCUCUUCUUAACUCCUGUGUCAUUCCUGAGGAUGAAUUUAUAUGUAUGGCAUGUGGUAAUGAAACAGCUGUAGUUAAGUGCUCAGAAUGCAUUUCUCAGUAUAUGUGUCCCACCUGUGAUGAUACAGUGCACAGUGAUAAGCCGUUGCAUGAUAGGCAAGAAUGGCUUAAUGGUUUUUAUCAUUAUCUGAAACCUACAGAAAGUGUGUCAAGAGAAGGAAUAAUUAUGGUAAAAGAACGUUACUGUCCGUUGAUUUGUGACACACAGUGUAGAUCAUGUGGUGAAGGGCAGUUAAGAAAAUGUGUUGCAAAGGAUAAGAUAAUUUUAGUUACCAUGAAAGGUCGUUAUGAUUUGCACUGGUUCUCCCUUGUUUGUGAAGCUUGCAAUGUUGUCCAACCAUUGUCCCUGACAAGCAUUAUAAAUAAUGGUUAUUGGCCGGGUUCCCCAUGCCAAGUAAACUACCUCUUCGACCAAGAAGUGUUUAGAGUGUGGGAAACCUUCAAAAUGCGAAUGCCUGGAUCAUCAGAGUCUGCAUUUAUAAAAGCCUUGGAGGAUAUUUCUGCAGUGAAAGGCCGGACAGGGAUAAUUAAUGCAUCCACAUUCAGAAAGGCUGCAGCUGAAUGGAGAUACUGUCAGUAUGAAGUAGAUAAGUUGCAGGGUAUAACCUACAUUGAUUGUCCUCCAUGCUCUAUGUCACAACAUUCUGCACAUGUGGAUGGGAAUCAGAAGCUUUAUCGUUUUAAAAGUGUACCAAGAGGUAAUAGAACUUCUUACUAUGGGGAUCUCUUCAUUAAGAAUAACACAGAUGUUGAUAUGCAGAUUGCUGAAGUAUAUAGCACUGGAAAGAAAGAGGUUGGAAGCAACGCUGUGGAGAUUCACACUGGAAAGCAGCUAAGGCCGUAA